ACCUCCACCUUCCCCAGGACAGUUCGCUAGCUUGCAAGUUCCUACUUAGUACGCAAUCAAAUUCUAACAUUGUAACCAAACCCUAAACCCCACAAAACAAAGGAUUCGAUAGAUUCAACAAGUUUUUUCAUUCACUUUAUGUAAAGGAGAAUUUCAGAGAAAACAAAAGUUCAUCUAUUCGAUCUCGAAUGGCUUCAUCAGAAAUCGAAAUCGUUUCAGAUUCCAAUGAACAUAAGCCCUCCAAUGGCAACCCUAACGAAGUUCAUAUCGUCGAUGUUUUCUCCGCCGCCGCGUAUGGAGACUUUGACAAGCUCCGGAAGUUCGUGGAACACGACGGUGUUUCUCUGUCCCAACCCGAUGGCAACGGCUACUACCCCCUCCAGUGGGCCGCCCUCAACAACUUCGCCGACAUUGUUCAGUAUAUUAUCGAACAUGGUGGAGAAGUGAAUGCGAAGGAUAAUGCGGGGCAGACGGCAUUGCAUUGGGCUGCAGUUCGAGGAUCAAUUGCGGCUGCGGAUGUGUUGCUGCAGAAUGGGGCACGUGUGGAGGCUGCGGAUGUUAACGGUUACAGGCCGGUUCAUGUUGCUGCUCAAUAUGGACAAACAGGGUUCCUGAAUUACAUUGUAGCUAAGUAUCAUGCUGAUUUUGACGUACCAGAUAAUGAUGGAAGGAGCCCUCUGCAUUGGGCUGCAUACAAGGGAUUUGCUGAUACUAUUAGAUUACUUUUGUUUAGAGAUGCUUCCCAAGGAAGACAGGAUAAAGAAGGUUGUACACCUUUGCAUUGGGCUGCCUUGAGAGGAAAUGUGGAGGCAUGUAGUGUGCUUGCACAUGCAGGGUCUAAGGAGGAACUGAUGGUAAAAGAUAAAGCAGGAAAAACCCCUGUUGAGCUUGCAUCUGAUAAAGGUCAUCGGAAUAUCGCCCUUUUCCUUUCAAAUGCAUUGCGUGCGCAGAGCAAGCAUUGGAAUGACAGAAUUUGCUCUGGACAUGGCGGGAAAGUUGGUUAUGCCCCCGUUCUUUUCUCUUUAAUAGUUAUUAAUGUGAUCCUCUUCAUAUGCUCUGUCCUCUUUGCUCCAAAUCUAACAAAGGUUACUGCAAUUAUUGGGCUUUGGGGAUGGACUGGCAUUUCACUAGCGAUUGGCUCUUUAUUCAUGUUUGCCCGCUGCAGUAGUAAAGAUCCAGGUUAUAUAAAAACAAGGACAGAUAACCAUUCUGAUACUGAGGAUUCUUUAUUGAACAUUGAUUUGAAUAGUAAUUCUAUUUGGAAUGGAAACUGGUCUCAGCUUUGUCCUACCUGCAAGAUAAUAAGACCAGUUCGAUCUAAGCACUGUGCUAUAUGUAAACGCUGCGUGGAGCAGUUUGACCACCACUGCCCCUGGAUCUCGAAUUGUGUGGGAAAGAGAAAUAAGCGAGAUUUUGUUGUUUUUCUCUUCAUGGGGACUCUAACAGCAUCAAUUGGUGGCUUGGUCGCUCUCCAGAGAAUUUGGACAUCUGUACCAGCCUUGUCAACUGGAGAAACGUGGACUCAUUAUGUGAUUUUUAACUAUCCUGGCAUCAUUGCGUUCCUAGUUAUGGAUGCGGCUAUUUUAAUUGCUGCGGCAACUUUAUUGUCUGUACAAGCAACCCAGAUUGCUCGGAACAUCACCACAAAUGAAGUAGCAAAUGCAAUACGUUAUGGUUACCUCCGCGGCCCAGAUGGCCGGUUCCGAAACCCAUAUAAUCAUGGUUGUUGGAAGAAUUGCUCCGAUUUCCUAGUACAUGGUUACACAAAUGAUGAUGAAAUAGCCUGGCCGCCUCUGCAGCAGGUUGCAAGGUAGUAUAUAUGUACCCGAGAUGAUACAGAAGCCCUUGAUUUUGGGGAUCUUGUGACAUAAUAGGCACGAUAUCAUAUGCUAAUGUAACUGAUUUUCCGAAAGGUAGCUAUACCUCAUGUAUAAUAGAAGAACACUUCCAUGUCUGUGAUUGGUUCUCAUGUGAAUAUACAUUUGCUUUUCUGCACUGUCUA